GUAUUAAAUAAAAAAAAAAAAUAAUAAAAAAUGUUUAAAUUGAUUACUGUACUCUCUACUCUUUGCGCUGUCGCCACGGCUGGCUACUUGGGUGGUUAUGGCGGUUACGGUGGCGGUUAUGGUUAUGGCGGUGGUCAUGGAGGACUUGGCGGCGGUUAUGCCAUAUCGGCUCCUGCUGUAGUUGCUGCCCCAGCUGUGGUAAAGACUUAUGCAGCUCCUGCUGUUGUUGCUGCUCCUGUAGUUAAGAGUUACGUCGCCCCAGUGGCUACUUCAUAUGCCAACACCUAUAAAGUUGCCACAGCCUCAGUGCCUGUAGUUCAUGCUGCUCCUGCUGUAUCUUACGCAGUAGCCGCUCCAGCUAUUAGCUACGGUUUAGGUCAUGGUUUAGGUUACGGUGGCGGUUUCGGUGGAUACGGCCAUGGCUUCGGCGGCUAUGGCCACGGUUUCUCCGGCUAUGGCCAUCAUUAAGCUUAUGCCUUUCUCAUACACUGGAUUAUUGUCACCAUUACAAAGAUUUUUUCUAGUUUUAUUUAAAAAAAAAAAAAACAAAAAAAAAAAACACGAGAGUCACUCUUAGCACAAGUAUUAAGCCAUACCAACGGCCCGACUUUUUGGUUAAGAACAUAUUGCGAUCAAUUAACAAAAA